GUCACAAAGAAGCAUAAACCAGAAACAUUUCCUUAAAACAGAUUUAUGGGCUAAUACAAUCUUAAAAAAAAAAAUGAAACAAGGGUUAAAAAGAUUGCAUCUUUGCAAAUUCCCAAACAGCAAGCAGAGGGAAAAUUUUUCUAUGCAAGAUUAAAAUGGACAGGAAUACUAAAACACUCAAAGAACUAGAAUCAACAACCCAAAUUAUUACAAAUUUCAAAGAAAAUGGAAAUGUAAAACCGUAUUAAGCAGAUAAAAGUGAAAUACUAUUGUCAGUUUGAGGGAAUUGUUGCAGUUACAUGUUUGAUUGAAAUAUUGUAAAAGAAAAUGAAAAGAAGCAAAACCAUCACUUGAUUUUUCAAUCAGAUGAUUCUUCAGAGGCGUCCUUCGAUUGUUGUUGUUGUUGUUGGAUGAGGAGUUCACGCUGCUGUUGCUCCUUUUGUGCUCUUUCCAGAACAGGCCUGAAUCCCAAUUGCAGAGUUAAGUAUCCAAAUGCUAAAGCUCCCAAUACAAUAACCCCUGAUCUCAUAGCAUUCAUCUUCGCUCUUUCUCUCAUUCUUCUGCAAAAUUUCCCCCUUUUUUUUUUCUCUUACUCUUCCUUGAUUGACCUUGAAGACAGAGGUUGAAGAAUGAAGCCAGAGGGUUUUGGGCUAUUUCUUUUUGGUACACAUUAACUGGACUUUGAAAAUGUCAAUAUUAAAUUAAAGUCUCUAUCUUUGGGCUACUUUUGGGCUUUUAUCCUUGUCCAGGCUGCAAUACCAAUUGGUUAAAUAUUCCAAGUAGAAAAAGAAUAGAAUUUUCUGGGAAAUGGAAUUUUUUAUAAGCUAAUAAAUAUCAACAAAGGUGGAAACUUGGAAUUGGAAUUGCAAUUUCAGUGGGUUAAAGGAGGUUUUUAUAUGGUGGGAUAUUCUACUGCUGCUGCUGCUGCGGUUUGUAGGAGGCAGAGCUUCGUUUUAAGGUGUCUUCUUGGUGGUUAUAACAAUUCUGGUCAGAACAAUCAUAAUUUUUAUCAUUCAGGUUUUCAACUCAGAAUGCAGUCAGCAGUGAGUGGUGGGAAGUCAAUGGAAGCUGAUUCUACGAGGAUUCUGAGAUCAAUUACUCCGACUUUGGACCCAUCUAGACAUAAAGGCCAAGCUGGAAAGAUAGCUGUAAUUGGUGGCUGUCGGGAAUACACCGGAGCUCCUUAUUUUUCUGCUAUUUCAGCUUUAAAACUUGGUGCGGAUUUGUCACACGUAUUCUGCACUAAAGAUGCUGCUCCUGUCAUUAAGAGCUAUAGUCCGGAGUUAAUUGUGCAUCCCAUUCUAGAAGAAUCAUACAGCGUCAGGGAUGAGGAUAAAAGAUCAAUAUCCUCCAAAAUUAUUGAAGAGGUAGAUAAGUGGAUGGAGAGAUUUGACUGUCUCGUAAUUGGUCCUGGCCUUGGAAGGGACCCAUUCCUGCUUGAUUGUGUGAGUGACAUAAUGAAGCAUGCAAAGCAGUCCAAUGUACCAAUGGUCAUAGAUGGGGAUGGACUCUUUCUUGUCACAAAUAGUCUGGACCUGGUUAAAGGUUAUCCCUUGGCUGUCCUGACCCCAAAUAUUAACGAAUAUAAGCGACUGGUACAAAAGGUUCUAAGUUCUGAAGUAAAUGAUGAAGGAGCUAAGCAAUUACUAUCCCUUGCUAAAGGGAUUGGUGUGACAAUCUUACAGAAAGGAAAAUCUGAUUUUAUCAGUGAUGGUGAGACAGUUAGUGCAGUGAGCAGUUAUGGUUCUCCUCGACGUUGUGGUGGUCAGGGAGAUAUACUUUCUGGAAGUGUCGCACUAUUUCUAUCAUGGGCUCGUCAAUCCACCUGUAAAGAAGAGCUGGGUUUGAAUCCGACAGUCUUAGGCUGCAUCGCUGCAUCUGCAAUAUUGAGGAAGGCAGCUUCGCUUGCGUUCGAGGAAAAGAAGAGAUCCACCCUUACAGGCGACAUCAUUGAAUGCUUGGGGAGAAGUUUGGAAGCAAUAUGCCCUGCCACUCCUUGAGGAAUCGCUCGAAAGUAGGAAAAAUUAAUGUCAAACCAAACUCUGUACGGCUGCUAAUAAAGUUUGGUCUUAGGAGGUAGGGAUGUUCCUAUGUUCUUUCUUAUUUGGUGUUUUCGUGUCUGAGGUACCAUUAAGCCAAGUUUGAUGUAAAGUGAACGUAAAUUUUGGUUACCUUUGUUCUAGAUGUAGCCACUAAACUAUGUUCUUCUUAAUGCAAGGUUAUUGAACUUCUGAGAAGGCACCAUAAGUUUGUUUUUAAGGAACUCAAUGUAUGAUGUUUCUCCUCAAAUGCUUGCACUGUAAACUUAAUAUUUUCAACAAUUGUGAUGCUUGUCUCAAUCCGGUGGGCAUCAUAUUUGUUUUCAAGUUUCUUCAAUUACAGAAAAAUCACAAAGCUUAACAAUAUGUAUUCAUCAAGAUGUGGAAGGAGCUAAACAUCUCAAGGAUACUACUAUAUUUUCUUCAUAAUAGUGGAAAAUAGCCCAAGAGUACCAAUCAUUAUGCUCAAACAUUUUGGAGGAGAUAGACUUAUUUAUAUGCAUCAUAAUCUGCUUGGUUUCUUUCUUGAUCGGAUCAAGAAGAUAAAUGGAAGCUGGAGAGCGACUACAAAGUAGCACCUUUCCAUUGGGAAGAAUUUCCUCGCGCAAAAUAGUGGAACAGGACAUCUGAGAUGGCAGAACAAACGUUUCUUCAUCACCCCACAUCUUCAUCCUGUUGCAGUGCCGCGAAAUCAUCCCCUAGUUCCCGUCAGGCGAUACAGACAUGACGGCCAACUGGGGCGAGAUACUCAGCAGAUAUAACUUCUUGUAGUAUGUUUUGGCAGGGGAAUCCAUAGGAACUUCUCACAAACAAGAUCAAAUACAAUGAGGACCGGAUUUGGCUGAUACUUCAUCCAGUAAAGAACUCUGUCUGAGUACCUACUGGAUGAGAAGUUGCGCAUAGUAGGAGGCGGGACGACAUCUCUCCAUUUCAAGUCCACCCCAAUUGCGAGAAUCUGGCACUUGCGGUGAAAAUUGCCCCGCGAGAACUUAUUGCCUCGGACUAACUUGUACAGUUUAUUGACUGGAUUAAAACCGAGGAAGCAACUAGUAUAGUUUUCAUUCUCGCAUCCUGUUGUGGUAGGGAGUUCCAGGCUCUCACGAGUCGCAAUGUUGUAAAGCCAUGAAUGGUUCCUACGGUGAAAACAAAUCAGGCCGUCGACAAUGUUGGUCGCAGCCUUCCACUCAUUAUCAUUGCCAAUGCUGCCUCGAUCCGUGAAAGAGUAGUCCGAAACUCGGCAUCUUAUCAGGCCAUCAUCAUCAUCAUUUUCCAGGGUGCGUGCAGAGGAAGAAAGAUGUGAUCUUGCAAAAUUUAGAUGAAUUCGGGAUAUGAGCUCAAAGAUCUCGGGAACCAGCACGGUUGUAGUGUUCGGUAAAGGAUUUAUUCGUGAUCGUUGAAUACCAAGUCGUGGAAACACAGUUGAAAUCGCAUCAGGGAUUUAAUCGGAAGCCGUCUCAGGAUUUCGCAAUGGAAUUCGUCAGGGCGUACUCCUGGAUCCCCCAUAACAGAAUGGCUAUAAAAACUAGAAACUUCAAGAAUCCAACAAAAGCAAAUCAGGCCAUAGACGAUGUUUGAAUAUAGGUAGAAAGAUGUCACCUUUGCUGAAGAAAUAUUUAGGGUUUCUAUAUGAAAGCAUGAAACUAGACUGACAUGAUAUCUAACAAUUGAAUACCAAAUCAGGGAG